AUGAUUAGAAAGUUGCCUCGAAGAGCUCCGAUGACCUCCAAGCGCGGUCAUCAAUAUUACAAGGGUACUGGGUCGGGUGCCAUGGGAUGGCAUACCAAACGAAGUGGGUAUAUUAUUGAUUGGAAUAAAGUUCGUACUUAUGUAGUACCUCCAGAUUUGGAUACUUGUGAGUUUAAACCUUAUGUUUCUCCCAAGACACCAAAAUACAAAUACGACAUGACACCGGUAAAAUAUUACAAUUUGAUCAAUGAAAAAUGGAAGCAAAAAUUCAUAAAUUCGAAACAUAAAAAUUCUGCCAUUGAUCAACCGCGUGAAGCACCGGUUCUUAAUAAAGUUGAUUAA